CAGAUUUCAAGAUAAGGUCUAGGAAAUUACCGCCUCUCUUUCUCUCGGAGGAGCUCACCUUUAUUCUUGUUGCCGCAUCGUAGAACUUGCUAGGGAAAAAGAAAGCGAAGAUGAACAAUUCAGAAACAAAAGUUAAAACAGAAGCUGAUUCUUCUUCAUCAGACCAUCCUUGUCCUUUGGCUCUUGUCACGGCUUCGAAUGUACGCAAAGAUACUCAGUGUCUUCGACAAGAUUUAUGCCCCACAGAAUCUAACCAUGAUGGUACACAAGGUGAUAAUAACAAGAAGAAGCGUCGGGGACGACGUCCUCCAACUUCCCCAAGCCAAAAACAGUUUAUGAAGUUAAAACUUGCACAUGACAGCCUCAUAAAAUAUAGACAGUAUCUUUCAGUGCCAUUUAUGAGAGCAAAUGGCAUGACCAAACCAGGGCUGAUAACUCUGGUAGGAAAAGAUGGUGUAAAGUGGAAAGUGAAUCUUUACGAGGAGAGAUCCGGAAGCUCACUGUGUCUUGGAAAGGGGUGGAAAGAGUUUGCUAAAGCAAACGGGUUAAAGACGGGUGAAUACUUCACCUUGGAGUUAGUAUGGGAAAAUGAAAUUCCUAUGCUCAGCUUGGUCAACACAGAGUCUGCCAGUGACAGAAAGCAGAGAGGUGAGCCUUCAAAAGCCAUGGAGAAAGAGAGAAGUACUGAUACGUCUUCAAUCGUCCAAAACCGAGUAGUGACAUUGGCCCUUGAAACUAAAGAUGUCAAAGCAUGUACAUUGAAUCUUCCAAGUGAAUUCGUGACAGCUAUUGGCAUCAAGAAGCUUGGAAAGAUAACCUUGCUUGGCAAGGAUGGAAUGAAGUGGUGGGGAUGUCUUUUGUCAAGAGAUGGAACCGUGGCUGUUGGAAUUGGUUGGAGAAAUUUCUGUGAGGCUAAUGGUGUAAAGUUAGGUGAUUCAUUCAGCCUAGUAUUCAUUAACGAAGAAGAGGACACAGGUCCAGUAUUCAAGUUCAGUCCCAACUCCGGGAACUGAGAAAAAUUGUUUUAAUUAAAAGC